UUUUUUAAAAACACAUUUUACUGAUUUUUAAAUAAGAUGUCUUUUGAUUUAGAAAUAAAAAACUUAUCCGAAGAUAAAAUUAGGAACGACGAAUCAUGUGAUACAGAGCAAAAUUUAUUGAAUAACUUCAAACCGCAAAAUUUAUCGCCAAGUAUUACGCAGUCUUUUUCCACAACUAGCACAACGUUGCUAAGUUUAUCGGCAAAUAAGUCGCCAAGUUUAUUGACAAACACUGCACCACUAAAUCCAUCGGAAAAUGCUACAACAAAAAAUUCACUUACAAGUAUUAGCCUUCAGUUAAAAGCAAUGAAGUCAAGACUUAAUUUAAAUCUCGAAAGUCGUGAACUAGUCGCAAGAACCUUCAUACCUCCAACAGCAAUAACUGAAGAUGUAACAACGCCAAAAGAUACCAUCUUGGAAAAAGAUUUUGAUAGAUCUCCUAAAAAUCCAUUUGAGUGUUUUUACAAACAUCAUAGAGACAAACUUAUACAGAACGAACUUAAACUAACUUUUUUAAACUCACAAGAUGGAAUCCAUGUAGUACCUUCAUACACAUCUCUGCAAGUAUGGUUUGGUGUAAUUUUUGUGAAAGAAGGACCAUACGACGAAGGAAUAUUUCACUUCAGUAUUAUUUUUCAAGAUAGUUAUCCAGAAACAAGACCACUGCUGCAAUUUAAAAGUAAAGUAUUUCACCCACAAAUUGAUAAAACUAACGGAAUAUUAAACUUAAAGCAUAUCUACAAACAACGUAACUAUAGUAACUAUAUUCCUAUUUGGGAAUUACUCCGCUAUACAAGAUCUUUAUUCUAUCAUAUAGACACUAAUGAUUGUUACAAUAAAGAAGCUGGAUAUCUAUUUACAUCUGCCUUUGAUAAAUUCAAGGCUAGAUGUAGAGGCUCUGUGCUAGAUUCUCUAUUAGCAUUUGAUGAACAAAUCUACAAUCAAAGUGUAGAAUCAGAAAAUCCUUUUCUUUGCUCUAUACUAGAUAACACAUCACUACAAGGAGUUAAAAAAAUUAUGUUAUCUAUGAAUUUUGAAGCAUUAAAAGAAUCUACUGUUAUGGAAUGGGCAAAGGUUUAUUUAGGAAAACUUCUUAACAACAUUAACUCUGCAUACUAAUUUAAGUUUUUCUCAAAUUUAAUUUAUCAAAUAAAAAAUGUCUGCUGUAAAAUAUAUAUAAAAACAAAUGAGAAGUGAAUUUUCCAAAGUUGCUAAGUAAUGUGAAACUAGUUUUAAAAAAAUCGAUCAAAUCUUAUUAUUUUUUAGUACUUUUGAAACAUUUUCAUUAUAUUAUAUUACAAA